CGAAAACCUCUAGAACAAGCCUUGUUAUUAGAUUUCAGAGGGGAAGUUUAUGCUUUGGGGAUAGAUGUUGGAAUUGUAGGACCUGCAGCUUUAGAUCUCAUCAAAGACCCAAUCCCCUACUUUCUUCAUUGCCUUCCCUAAAGCAGCCCUCAGUGAUCAUCAUGACAGACGUUCCUGGGACACUGAGUGGGACAGAGUGCAAUGGGAACAGACCACCAGAGAAUGGCCAACAGCAUAUCAGUCAAGCCAGUGAGGACAGAGCUGAUGCAGACGGGACUCAGCCCUACUACAAGGUGGAACCCAGCCUUGAAGAUUUACCCGCAAGGAGAAAUCAAGAAGAAAGUGGAACCUCCAAAGAGAGCUUACUACCUGAAGAGCCUGCAGAAAACCCAGAAGAGAACCUCUUUGUCGUUCACAAGGUCAUCAAAGAUCUUUCUCUCCAAGAAGCAAGUGCUGAGGACAUGGCAUUCAGAGAAGGGCAUCCGUGGAAGCAGAUUCCUCUGAGCAGCAGUGACCUGGAAGUGAGUAUGCAGAAGGAAAGGAUUGCCCACCGACCUCUAGAGCAGAGAGAAGAUGAGAACACUGCAUAUCAGGCAGCAGAAAUUGAAUGGUUGGGGUUCCAGAAAUCUAGUCAAGUUGACUUAUUGCAUUCUAAAUGUGACGAGGAACCAGAAGUUUGGGAUGAAGAAAUUAACGAGGAAGAUGCCGAUGACUGCAAUGAUGAUGAAGAUGAAGUUCGAGUCAUAGAAUUUAAGAGAAAACACAGCGAAGGUUUUCAAUUAAAAGAGGAAAACCAUCCAAGCGAAGAUUCCCCACUAAGCAGCCCCAGCUCCCAGCCAGGGACCCCUGAUGAGCAGCCCAUGUUAGGAAAGAAGGGAGAUAUCUCCAGGAAUGUUUAUUCCAGAUACAACACGAUAUCCUAUCGUAAGAUCAGGAAAGGGAACACCAAACAGAGAAUUGAUGAAUUCGAGUCGAUGAUGCACUUGUAAACCAAGCGGGACUGGGAAAUGUCAUGAGUGCUCUAAAGAAAAGCUAACUCCGUUGUGCUGAGAAACCUUCCUCUGCCAUAUUUGCAAGAUGUGCAUGUUUAACGUCUUUUCCACCGUAGAGCAAUGUGGAAAUAACCAUAGACAAAAGUCAGUCUGGUAACUUCAAAUCAAAAGCUUUAGACUCAUGCCUGGGUGUUUGCUUUUAAAAAGUUAACUAAUAUAGCACUAUGUGGUAAGCAUUGUCAGAGAGGCAAAUCUGUCAUGAUUUGGCUACAAAAUUAGCAAUAUUGAGAGAGACAGUCAAGGGAAAGAGAACAGUUGAUGUGACUCCCCUAAUUCUUUUGGUGUCCUUCUUUCUUCAGGCCAAUAGGAAGUCUGUGAUUAAACUCCUCCUCCAUAAAACAUGGUUUUUUAUAGAUUCUGCCAAUAACUAUUUUGCCUUUCUAUUUAUCUUUAAAAAUACUGUAUCUUAAAUGGUUUUCCUUGGCAUCUCCUGAGUGAAAACUCAACAGAUCGCCUUUCUAGGUGUCACCACUCAGUGAAUUUGUUCACUAAAAGGCUGAAUAAUUGUCAGUCAGAAUUCCGUGUGCUAAGUGCUGGCUUUAUGUUUUCAAAAUGAAUUAAAUCCAUUGUGAAGUUGAUCCAGGGAGGGGCUAGAUGACCAGUGAGCCAUAGACUCAAGAAUUGUAUUGGAUGGUUUUAUUUUUGUUACUGAAAACAAAAAUCUUGUCGAACAAAAUGAAAAUAAUUAAAAAUAAAAAUGGCAAUUUUAGCACAAUUUUAAGAAAAUGCCUUUACUCCAUUGCCACACUUUUUUUUUUUUGCAUUAACAGUAUUUCAAAACCAUCCUCUUUGCUUGGGAAUGAGAGACAAUGGCAGUCAUAACUGUACUAGUUACUAUGAUAAUGGAAAUAAUUAUCUUCGACUAUUUUAAAAGUAGGGUGUGAGCAUGUAUUUUUAGGGAAAAAGCUGAUAGUUGCGGGGAAUAUAUACUUUAUUGGACCAAAGCCUAAAUCAAGAAGCUUAAAAUUGCACGUGUGGAGCUUCAUACGCACCCACAUGUCAAAUAAUGCAUUGAAUAUUUAUGAAAAGAGUAUAUUUAUACUCUUGGAUAGUUUAUUCCGCAAAUUUUCAUUUUGUGCUUCUGUGUAUAUUGCUCUGAACUUUCUGUUACUACAGAUGAAAAUAUCGUUUGGCUCCAAAUAAAAGACAAUUCCUUAUUGUCUGAAUGUAAUACAGUCUUCAUUGUGCUA